CAAGGAAACUAGAAUCGCCAAUACUGUGCCAUGUAGGCACUGGAUGUGAAGUACUAGAGCAGGAAAACUGGGGUGUAUCAGGGUAUCUUGAAAAAGCCCAUGGUCGUUCAAAGUAAUCGCUGUAGGUGUCGCUGACAAAUGGACUUCAGAUGUAUUGAGGGGGGGUUUUUUUUUUUGAGAAAUGCUCGAAGCUCGAAGCAAGGGAUAUAUAAAAGAGCACAACGAAGGCCACAUAUGAGAAGCAAACAUUGCCAAGCAGCAGAUAGUUCUUUUGUGUCCAUUCCUCUCCGUCUUGCCGAACAUCUUAUCCACAAGUACACUUCGUUAUCCGUUCACUAAAGCUGUUUGCCACGAUACUCCUCGAUCAUGAAUAUCACCAAAUUUACCGUUUCGAUCACCACUGUUUUCACUGCGGCUGUUUCGUUGGCAGCAGCCCUUCCAGUUGCUGAUAUUGCCAGUGCUUCGCUGGGUAUUGCUCCUGCUCUCGAAUAUGUUGCACCAAAGGCACUGGGCUUGGACAACCAGGCGCAGCGCCAGCAUGAUUCUGCCACAGGUCUUGAUGUGUCAAGCACCCAGAACUACCCAGCCCAUUGCGAUCGCCAGGGCAGCGGUAAUCCACGCGGAUGGGACUAUUUCAGUCAGCGCGAUCGGCCGGUUUUGGCAGUUGCCAGAUCGGACAAGCAAGCAGUCCGGGCUCGUGGCAGGGACUACUUUAGCCUGCGCGGCGAGUCCGGCAAAGAGCCAACGCUUGAAGAACCCUGCUGGAACUACCAGCUUUUACGCAAGCGCGAUUCAGUUUCGGAUGGGUAUCUGCAGCGCGGAUGGGACUACUGGGCUCAGUAG